AUGCGCUUCAUCAAUCCAACAAUUUUCUUCCUUACCUGUCUUGUUUCACUUGGAUCAGCCCUCCAAUAUAGAGGUGCUGAUUUUAGCUCCCUCGUUAACCUUGAAAGAGCCGGACGUACCUACAAGGACAACGGCCAAACUUUGAAUUUUGAAAAUAUCCUAAAAAACCACGGUGCCAACCUCGCUCGCAUCCGAAUUUGGACCAGCAAUAACGACGGAGAGUACAGUCUCAACUACGGCCUAGCCCUGGCAAAACGUGCAGCAGCGGCAGGGUUGGAGAUUUAUGUCGAUCUGCACUACAGUGACACAUGGGCAGAUCCAGGAAAACAAGCAAUUCCCAGCUCAUGGCCAAAGGAUCUAAACGGCCUAAAUACACAAAUUUAUACAUAUACCAAGAAUGUUGUCCAAUCUUUUUCGUCUCAAGGAACCCCGAUUAAAUUCAUUGAAAUCGGAAACGAAGUAAAUAGUGGAAUACUCUUUCCAGUUGGCCAGAUUUCGUCUAAAGGAUAUUCUCCUCUGUCACAACUUCUCCAUUCCGCGGCAAACGGUGUUCGUGCAGCCUCUGCUUCUACCAAGGUCAUGAUUCACCUAGCUAAUGGCUGGAAUUCUAACGCUGUCGCUUCCUUCUAUAACCAAAUAUUUAUUCCGGGACAAUUGGCACCUGAGGACGUUGACGUCAUGGGAUUCUCAUUCUACCCAUUCUACGGAACCAGUGCGACCACUAGCGCUCUGAAAUCCAGCUUGACCAAUAUAAUCAAUAGAUACGGAAAGGAUGUUAUGGUCGUCGAGACAGACUGGCCAUUUUCCUGUUCAGGGGUCCAGUUGAGCGACUCCUCCCCAAUUUCUGCCGCGGGCCAGUUGCAGUGGGUAUCCAAAAUAAGAGAUGUUGUUUCCAGCUUACCAGGGGGACAUGGUCUUGGAAUUGUGUACUGGGAGCCGGGUUGGAUUGGAAACGCGAACCUUGGGUCAGGGUGCUCCGACAAUCUUCUUGUCGAUGGAUCUGGAAACACGCGCAGCAGCAUUUCAAUGUUCUCAAACUCAAUGUAA